UUCCCAAUACUUGACCCAUCCACAUCCAUAUGCGACCCAGCCGUUCGAGACAUCUCGCUGUCAAUCCCCAACCAGCAAACAAGUACCAACCACACUGCAUCUCCAACCCCAGACCAUCCAUCCCUCGACUUUCCCCGCGCGAGCCAAUGGGUCGCGGAGAAAGUGGAGCAUAGCGUGGUCCUUAGUCCCGGAUUCCAAGCCUUGGGUCCUAGACUGCUAGGGGGGACGGGCGAAAAGGAAGCCUUGGGGUUCUUUGGUUCUGUCUUUUCGCAUUGAAGUGCGGCGACUUAAGACACGGAUGGUCCAUAACGUCAACAUCAUACAUACCUUCUUUCCGCCACCUUGGAAUUGAAUUUGAGCGAGCCAGUGAGAAGCCGCGCCGCUUAAUCGACUACCUUGCUUCUCCGGGAAGAACUAUCACCACCACCUCCUUGGCGCAUAGCAUCAGCUUGAUCGAGCAAACGUCCAGGCAAGAUAUAAGAUGAUCUGAUAUCCCCAGUCUCAACACAUCUUCAGAACAUCAGCUUCAGCAGCUUCAUUGGGAUUGACAACAAUUCAAGCUCGAGCAUCUUCGACUCCCCUUGACAGGAGUCUCAGAACACCCGCUCUGAUCUUAUAAGAUCGAGCCCGAACCCACAUUCACCCCCGGUUUAUCAACUCUUCUUUCUUCUCCAUUUUUUACCCCAGUACACCGCAACCAUGGUGCACAUCGGAUCAUCCGCGGGCAGGGCGCCGACCGAGACCAUCCAGAUCGACUCGGAGGCCACCCGCCGCAUGUCCAUCGCCGAUGCAGAUGCCGCCGGGCUCGCCCGUGAGGCGGCCAAAGCGACCGAGGCCGAGCUCAGUAUGGGCCUGAUGGCAUCGAUCAAGCUCUACCCCAGGGCCGUCAUGUGGUCGCUCUUCUUCAGCACCGCCGUCAUCAUGGAGGGUUUCGACAAGACUCUCAUCGGUAACCUCUAUGCCUACGACGUCUUCCAGCGCAAGUUUGGUGAGAUCCAGCCCGACGGCAGCUAUCAGUUGACUGCGGCGUGGCAGGCUGGUCUCAGCAACGGCGCGCUUGUUGGCGAGAUCACCGGCCUGUUCCUCAACGGCAUCAUUGCCGAGAGAUUCGGCUACCGCAAGACCAUGAUUGGUGGCCUCGUCGGCGUCACGGCUUUCAUCUUCAUCAUCUUCUUCUCCGAGACCCUUGUCCAGCUCCUGAUCGGAGAGAUGCUCAUUGGUAUUCCAUGGGGUAUCUUCCAGACCCUGACUGUCACCUACGCCUCCGAGGUCUGCCCCACACAUCUGCGAGCCUACCUUACUACCUAUGUCAAUCUCUGCUGGGUUAUUGGUCAACUCAUUGCCAGCGGUGUUCUUCGAGGUGUCAUCACCCGUACCGACGAGUGGGGAUACAAGAUUCCCUUUGCCCUCCAGUGGAUGUGGCCCGUCCCCCUCAUCAUCGGCAUCUUCUUCGCUCCCGAAUCUCCCUGGUGGCUCAUCCGCAAGGAGCGCCUCGAUGACGCCAAGAAGUCUCUCAUUCGCCUCACCAGCCGCAACCAACAGGCAAACUUCAAUGCCGAUGAGACUAUCUCCAUGAUGGUCCACACCAACGAGCUCGAGAAGGCAGCGCAGAGUGGAACAAGCUAUAUUGACUGCUUCAAGGGCACCGACCUUCGCCGUACCGAGAUUGUCUGCGUCACAUGGGCCAUCCAGACCCUUUGCGGCUCAACAUUCAUGGGAUACUCGACAUACUUCUACCAGCAAGCCGGCAUGGCCAAGGAGAACGCAUUCACCAUGUCCUUGGCCCAGUACGCUCUCGGCGCCCUCGGCACAGUCUUCUCCUGGUUCCUGAUGCAGCACUUCGGCAGACGCACUCUGUAUCUCUCUGGCCAGGGCAUCAUGUGCGCCAUCCUCGCAGCCAUCGGUUUCGCAUCCUUGGCCGGCAAGUCCAACGUCGCCGCACAGUGGGCCAUUGGCAGCUUGCUCCUCGUCUAUACCUUCAUGUACGACUGCACUGUCGGCCCCGUCUGCUACUCUCUCGUCUCUGAACUGAGCUCGACCCGCCUGAGGACCAAGACUGUCGUGCUCGCGCGUAACUUGUACAACAUCACCGGCAUCACGACCAACAUCCUGACCCCGCUGAUGCUCAACCCUUCUGCGUGGAACUGGGGCGCCAAGAGCGGUUUCUUCUGGGCCGUCAGCUGUGCCAUCUGCUUCGUCUGGACCUGGUUCCGUCUGCCUGAGCCCAGAGGCCGCACCUACGGCGAGCUCGAGAUUCUCUUUGACCAGCGCAUCCCGGCACGCAAGUUCAGGAAGACCGAGAUUGCUGGCCUCACUCACGGAGCCCAGUCCACUGACAGACUUUCCGAGAAGGAGGCCAUGGCGGCCGUCAGCCAGAUUGAGAAGACUGCCUCAGCAUAGGGGCCUUUGAGAAACUGAAGGAAAAGGAUGGAUUAUUUCAGGAUUAGUUUACGUAUACCAUUGGAUCAGAGAAGGGGUUGAAUUUCCAGCAGCAAGCAUUUUGCACACAUAUCGUCU